CAAUUUUUUAUCUUUUAUAAGAUUCUAGUAGCUUCCCCUUCUUUUUUUGUCUGUCAAAUAAUAUAUAUUAAAUAUUCACCAUGGCACCUCCCAUGAUGCAACCUCAAAUUAUUCUCUUAAAGGAAGGUACUGACACUUCUCAAGGUAAAGGUCAACUUUUAUCCAACAUCAAUGCUUGUGCUGCCGUUGUCGACACUGUCAGAACUACUCUCGGUCCCAGAGGUAUGGAUAAACUCAUGGUCGACAGUCGAGGUCAAGUCACCAUCUCCAACGAUGGUGCCACCAUCAUGAAGUUACUCGAUAUCGUUCACCCUGCCGCAAAGACCUUGGUCGAUAUUGCUCGUUCUCAAGACGCCGAGGUCGGUGACGGUACUACCAGUGUCGUUUUACUCGCUGGUGAAUUAUUAAAGGAAAUCAAGGGUUAUAUCGAAGAAGGUGUUAGUCCUCAUGUCAUCAUCAAGGGUUACAGAGCCGCUGCCCGUUUAGCUAUCAACAAGGUCAAGGAAUUAGCUGUCAAGAUUGAUAAGAACAACGAAGUCGAGUUCCGCGACUUACUUUCCAAGUGUGCUGCCACUGCCAUGAACUCUAAAUUGAUUUAUUCUCAAAAGGACUUUUUCACAAAGAUGGUAGUGGAUGCUGUUCUUUCACUUGAUCAAGAAAGUUUAAAUGAACGUUUGAUCGGUAUUAAGCGUGUUCCCGGUGGUGCCAUGCAAGAUUCCGUUCUUGUCAAGGGUGUUGCUUUCAAAAAGACAUUUGCAUACGCUGGUUUCGAACAACAACCUAAAUCUUUCAAAAACCCCAAGGUCUUAUGUCUUAACGUCGAACUUGAGUUAAAGGCUGAAAAGGAUAAUGCUGAAGUACGUGUUGAAGAAGUGUCUGAAUACCAAGCCAUUGUCGAUGCUGAAUGGCAAAUCAUUUUCCAAAAAUUGGAAGCCAUUGUUGCUAGCGGUGCCAAGGUCGUCUUAUCUAAAUUACCCAUUGGUGAUUUAGCUACACAAUAUUUCGCUGACCGUGAUAUCUUUUGUGCUGGUCGUGUUGCAAAGGAUGAUAUGGAUCGUGUUGUUCAAGCUGUGGGUGGUUCUAUUCAAUCUACCUGUUCAGAUAUGCACCCUGAACAUUUAGGUGAGUGUGAGACCUUUGAUGAAAGACAAGUGGGUGGUGAACGUUUCAAUAUCUUUGAGGGUUGUCCUCAAGCAAAGACAUGUACCUUGAUUCUUCGUGGUGGUGCUGAACAAUUCAUUGCUGAAGUUGAACGUUCUCUUCACGACGCCAUCAUGAUUGUCAGACGUGCUAUCAAGAACAACUUUGUGGUUGCUGGUGGUGGUGCUACCGAAAUGGAAUUAUCUAAAUAUCUUCGUGAACAUUCCCGUACAAUUGAAGGUAAACAACAAUUGAUUAUCGGUGCUUAUGCAAAGGCAUUUGAAGUGAUCCCUAGACAAUUAUGUGAUAAUGCCGGUUUUGAUGCUACUGAUAUUUUAAACAAGUUGAGAAUGAAACAUGCACAAGGUGGUGUUUGGUUCGGUGUUGAUAUCAAUAACGAAACCAUUGCUGAUAACUAUGAAGCUUUUGUUUGGGAACCCGCACUUGUAAAGACAAACGCUAUUGCUGCUGCUACCGAAGCUGCUUGUUUAAUUUUGUCCGUUGAUGAGACCGUUAAGAAUGCUGCAAGUGAUAAGCCUCAAGCCGGUCCUGGUGGUCCCACAAGAGGACGUGGUCGUGGUAUGCCCAGACGCUAAAAAAAAAUUGAUGUAUAUUUUAUUUCUCAUAUAUAAAAAAAGAAAAAGAAACUUCUUUUUUUAAAAAAAAAAAAAAA